UCGACGUACACUGGAAGUACUUCGCAUUUUAUUCGCCUUCCUACCGGCGAAUUAGCUCUUGGUUACAAACCACAGAUUGCCGGGCCAAAGUACAUCCCAGGAUCCACUUCAGGAGGUUUUCCUGGAUUUCUUCCUGCUCCCAAAGACGGGGAUACAUUUCCAAUGGCUUACAAGGUUACCAAACCGCUCGAGUUUGACAUGACAGAGUGGUCAAGCAUCUGCCGGGAGCUUAUUGAUGCAGAGCUUACAGUUUACGGAACAAUACUUAUCAGGUUUAAUAUGAUUUAUUCUCGCGACAAGCAUUUGAAAGCCAACAUUUAGGCUAGAGAGAAGUAACUAUCACAAGUGUAUUUCAUCAACAUGAAGAGUACCUUCAAAUAAGCGAGAUAUGACAUGACCCGUCAUCAUGUAAAUGCGAUACGAAAUCAAAAGGUCAUCCCAGUAUGAAACUCGCGCCAGUGUGAAAUGUUACAGGUCAUUUGAUUUCGGGUUAACUUUGAUUUAACCUAGGUUGAUUCUCAAUUUCCUUUGCUUCCGGGCCCUAACUCAUGAAUGAUUAGGGGCUAGGAGACAAAGGAAAUUGACAAUCAACCUUGGUUGAAAAAAUUUAACCUGAAAUCAAAUUUGACCUGUAACAUAAACACCCCCCUAAGUUCUAAACUAGGUACCAUAAAAUUCCGAAAAUAAGCCCCGGGGCUAAUAUUUUUCAAAGGCCCUUUUUGAGGGGCUUAUAUUCAGAGGGGCUUAUCUACGGAGGGAAAUUUGCGUUUAAAAUCGAAUGGGCUAGCCUUAUUUUGGAGGUAAAUUUACCGUUUUUGCUUUGUUUUACUUUGUAUUUGAGGGCAAUUUUCCAAGUACAAGCCCCCAGGGGGCUUAUAUUUGGAGGGGCGAUUUAACGGAGGGUUUUUUGCGUUACCAGUUUGGGGGGCUUAUAUUUGGAGGGGCUUAUACAUGGAGGGGCUUAUUUUUGGAAUUUUAGGGUAUGUGAAAGGCAUUCCAUUUGUUAAUAGAAGAUAUACAAAAGAGGUACCUUUUCUGUCAAAAAUGGAGAAAGUAAAAGGGGAAUCAAUUGAGGUUUCUGGGUAACUGACCUUCUACCUCCCCCCAAGUCAAGAUUAACACUUACUUCACCCUUAGGGUAAAAUCAUGACUUAGUGGAGGGGUAGGUGUUCAGUUACCCAGAAAAUUCAAUUGAUCUCCUAAAAGGGUAAGGUCAGACAUCGGGGUGGAUGGAGCCUCCCCAUACAAAACCCCAGGAAUCAGGUUUAUGACAAACAACAGACACCAAUUUGUACCAAGUUUUCCCUUUACUUGAUGGUUACUGUUCAUUAUCUGUACGCAAGAAUAAGUAGUCUCAUGUCAGGUUUACCCAUAAGUAUUACCAAGAGCCUCUUGGUAUUACUUUGGACAGUUUUCAUCCAUUAAUUUCCUUAUUUCUUAAUUUUGUAAAACAAAGAAUAUUUUCAAAAAAGUAUUUUUUCGUAGGAAUUUGCCACUUCAGAACAUGGAUGAUUUCAGAACUUUCAUUCAUGGACUUGGCUUCAAGUUUUUUGAACAUGGGGUUACUGGUUAUAGGACCCCACUGGGGUCCCAUGUCUACACUGCCUCAGAUGACCCCCCUGAAGUAACCAUGGAACCACAUAACGAGUGCUCAUAUUCACCCCUGGUCCCUAGAAAGGUAUAAUUAGAGCUUCUCUAUAUGUUUUAUAGUUCCGUUUCUCUGUGAUUAUGAGUCACUAUUAUAUGGGUGAAGUCUACAAAGAUAGGAAAUCACUGGCUUUUUAGCCUGCGGACAGCCCCUUGCUCCCUUCUGCACCCCUUUCACAGACUUUCAGAUCUUUUGUUCAGUUAUAAUCAGCAGCACACAAGAUAGACUGAGACUUGAUUCUUCUUUUCUUUAGAUAAUAAUGUAUUGUAUAAAAGAACCUGAUCCAUACUGUGGAGGUGAAACUGUUCUUUUAAAAAACAGUGACUUGACUGCCAUGUUGGAUCCAAAGGUAACGCAAGAGAUGGAGGAAAAGAAAAUUCGUUACCAAGCAUUUCUUCCAAACAAAGAUUCCAAGGCUAAACUACAGAAGAGUUGGCAAGAUCGAUUC